AGUGCAACUAUAAUCAGAUAAAUAGUUGUCGUGAACUUAGCAUCGAAUGCAAAAAGAGGUCGUUUAUCUAUAAUUUUUUAAAACUUUUUUUUGUAGCGCUAAGCUUAGCUUAGUAGAAAAACAAAAAUAGCUUGUAGAUCUAGCAGAUUGUAUUCAAACUCUUGUAGAUAGCUUUUGUAGAUUGUUGAUUUAAUUUGGGAUUAUUUAGGAUUUAGGUUGUAUUUCAUUUGUUUCUGGAUCCUUGCUUUUUCUCAGAUGCUCGUCAUUAUCAGUCAACAUGUCAGUAAAACAAAAAGACUUUCUCAACAAACUUCAAGGUUCUUAUGUACAGAUACUACGGAGAAAAACGUCUAGUUUGUAUUCAUAAAAAAAUGAAAGCAUUUGUGGUACUAUUACUACUUUGUGUUGAGUCCACACAAGCGCAAUAUUGUGGAAUUCCUCAAUUGCCAUUAGAGAAAUACGAGCAAGACUUUGACGCCAGAUUCAUAUCGACGCCUCUAGACAGAAACAUACCCUCGCCGCCGGAAUUAAAUCAAGGCGACUGUGGCGUGUCUAAAAACGACCAAUCAAAGCAGAUCGUCAAGGGUCAAGAUGCUCCAGCCAACGCUUGGCCCUGGCAGAUCAAGUUGAUCGGUAGCUCACACAUGUGUGGAGGAUCUAUCAUAAAUCGUGAAUGGGUCGUGACGGCAAAACACUGUGCUAAACAAAAUGUUGCUUCAAUCUACUAUGGAAACAUCAGUUUUAAAAAGAGUAAAAUGAUCCGGGCUGUCAAAUAUUUCACCUACCCGUCUAGCGACAUCGCCGUUUACAAACUCUCUUCACCGUUAAAUUUUUCAGACUCCGUGCAGCCGAUUUGUUUGCCUGAAGACAAUGUUUGGGAUACCACGCCUUGUUUUGCCACAGGCUGGGGGAUCACAUCUAUGGAGAAGUAUAUAAUUCCCGACACGCUGCAGCAAAUUCGGAGCAGGAUAAUCAACCAAACCGUAUGCCAGGCUGCCCAAACAUUUAAGGGAUACUUAAGAAAUAGAGGGUUUUAUUAUUGUGUACAGUCUGUGGAGUUCCCUACUGGAGAGUACGCCGGCACCUUUUCCGGAGACUCAGGAGGUCCAUUGAGCUGCUUGAAGAAUGGACGCUACUACCUCGUUGGAGUCGUUAGUCAUCGUACAAGAUCAGAAGGAAGUUUUAUAAGUUUUCAAGCAGCUGUGCCUAGGGCUGUCCCGACGAUAAUUGCCGGCAUGAAAGAAAAUGCCUAGCUCAAUUGUAUGGACCUCAAUAUGGGAACAGGGCAUUACCUCCUGUCAGUUACCUCCAGAUACCCCCCUGACAAUACCCUCUUGUUCUAUUGGACACCCCCCAGUUCAUAGCUUAAGGUACAGUUAGGGAGUGUUGAGAAAUCAGAAAAGGUUACGGCUUGUGUUAGAGCUAGCGUUAGGGUUAGGCUUAAACUAAAGUCUAGGGUUGGAUUUAUGUUUAGUCUGAGGUAAAUACUUAGUUUAGGCUUUUUCUUAAGGUUGUUGUAAGAAUAAGGUAUAGGGCUUGAAUUGAGGGGGGGGGGGGUCGUGUUUGGGUUUUGGUUUAGGGUUAGCUUUAAUUAUCGGCUUGGAGUUUGGGGUUAGG